AGGAGCGAGUCUUGAGCUCCGUGGAUUCACUCUCUGCCUGUGGAGUGAAGAGGCUGUAGUACGCGUUUACACUCUUGUUUACUGACGGCGAUGAAAUUUCAGUUUUAAUCUUUGGAAAUAAAUCGUCCAGGAUGACGGUGGAUUUUGAAGACUGUAUCAAAGAUUCACCCCGCUUUCGGGCUAAUAUUGAUGAGGUGGAGACGGAGGUGGUGGAGAUCGAAGCCAAGCUUGAUAAGCUGGUGAAGCUGUGUGGCGGUAUGAUUGAAGCUGGGAAAGCAUAUGUCACCGCCAACAAGCUCUUCAUCAACGGCAUCCGUGACCUAUCCCAGCAGUGCAAGAAGGACCAGAUGAUAUCGGAUUGUCUGGAGAAGUGUGGCGAGAGCUUGCAGGAGAUUGUCAACUACCACAUGAUCCUGUUUGAUCAAGCCCAGAGAUCAGUCAAGCAAAAACUGAACAACCUUGAAAAAAGUGACGUGCGUAAAUUCAAGGACACGAAGAAGCACUUUGAUAAGGUGAGAGAAGAUUUGGAGAUCGCACAGGUGAAGAACGCCCAAGCACCUCGAAACAAACCCCACGAGGUGGAGGAAGCCACCAGCACCCUCAACUUCACCCGCAAGUGCUUCCGACAUCUCGCACUGGACUAUGUGCUGCAGAUCAACGUCCUUCAAGCCAAAAAGAAAUUUGAGAUCUUGGAUGCGAUGUUAUCCUUCAUGCAUGCGCAGUACUCGCUGUAUCAGCAGGGCUACAACCUCCUGGAUGAGAUUGACCCCUACAUGAAGAAACUGGCUGCUGAGCUGGAUCAACUGGUGAUUGAUUCAGCGAUGGAGAAGAGAGAAAUGGAGCAUAAACAUGCCACGAUUCAGCAGCGGACACUGUUACAGGACUUUGCGUAUGAAGACCCAAAGUUGGAGUUUAAUGUGGAUGCGCCCAAUGGAUUGGUGAUGGAGGGCUAUCUGUUCAAAAGGGCCAGUAAUGCCUUCAAAACUUGGAAUAGGCGCUGGUUUUCCAUCCAAAACAGCCAGCUGGUGUAUCAGAAGAAACUAAAGGAUUCGCUGACGGUUGUUGUGGAGGACUUGAGACUCUGUUCUGUCAAACCUUGCGAGGACAUCGAGAGGAGGUUCUGUUUUGAAGUCGUGUCACCUACCAAGAGCUGUAUGCUACAGGCGGAGUCAGAGAAACUCCGGCAGGCCUGGAUCCAGGCGGUUCAAGCCAGCAUCGCCUCAGCGUACAGAGAGAGUCCAGACAAGUAUUACAUUGAGCGUUUGGACCGGACCGCUUCUCCCUCCAUCAGCAGUAUCGACUCAGCAAACGAGCCCCGAGAGCGCAGCGGCAGGGGCGAGAGCAUUCUGCAGCGUAUCCUGUGUCUGCCGGGAAACCAGCAGUGCUGUGACUGUGGGCAGGCCGACCCGCGCUGGGCCAGCAUCAAUCUGGGCGUCCUGCUCUGCAUCGAGUGCUCCGGCAUUCACAGGAGUUUGGGAGUACAAUGUUCAAAGGUCCGUUCUCUCACCCUGGACUCAUGGGAACCAGAGUUACUAAAGCUGAUGUGUGAACUAGGAAACAGUAUCAUCAACCACAUCUAUGAAGGCAGCUAUGAAGAGCAGGGCCUGAAGAAACCGGGACCCAGCAGCUCCAGGCAAGAAAAGGAGGCCUGGAUCAAAGCGAAGUAUGUUGAGAAGAAGUUCCUGAAGAAGAUGAUGACGGAUGAAGUUAUGGUCAAUGGCGGGAGAAAAUCUGAGCGGCGAUGGAACCCCAGGAAAUGCAGGAGACAUAACAGCGCCACCACCGUCCCCAAAACACACCGCAAAUACAGACAGGAGCCAGGCAGUGCGUCUCCUGCAACCCUUUCCUCAGCAACUGCUGCUCUGGAGAGAAAGUUCAGACGGGAAUCCCUCUUUUGCCCGGAUGAGUUGGACACCCUAUUUUCAUAUUUUGACACUGGUUCAGGGCCUCGCAGUCUGAGCAGUGACAGUGGGUUAGGUGGCAGUACUGACGGCAGCACUGACGUCUUGGUCUUUGAGUCUGUGGUGGACAGCGUCACAGAGGAGGAGUGUGAGGUUUCUGAAGACUCCAGUAAUGAGGCUGAACUGGAGCCGGAGACGUCAGAUCCAGAGGAUCUGAGAGAACUGGAUCCAGGAGCGUUACUCUAUAAGGCCUGUCAGGCACGAAAUCUGCCUGUCAUGGCUGAAGCUUUGGCACAUGGAGCUGAAGUCAACUCAGUGAAUGAAGAGGAUGAGGGAAAAAGCCCCCUUAUUAAGGCUGUGAUUGGAGGUUCCCUGAUAGCCUGCGAGUUUCUGCUCCAAAAUGGUGCAGAUGUCAACCAAAGAGAUCACAGGGGACGAGGCCCGCUGCAUCACGCCACAUAUUUAGGUCAUACUGGUCAAGUGUGUUUGUUCCUGAAACGAGGAGCGACCCAGAACGAUGGUGAUGAGGAUGGCCAGGACCCUCUCAGCAUAGCGGUUCAAGCCGCUAACGCUGACAUAGUUACUCUGUUACGUCUAGCACGUAUGAACGAGGAGAUGCGCGAGGCGGAGGGUCCGUUCGGUCAGCCAGGUCAAUAUUCUAGCAGCAGUCCCACAGAGCAGCAGUAUAAGAAAUGCAUCCAAGAAUUUAUCUGUCUCAACAUAGCCGAGUGCUAGAGAGCCCGGUGUAGUGCUUUCUACCAUCAUUCCCACCAAGAACUGCCAAGUAUUUAUAUGUUUAUCUGUAAAGAUGGGCCAGUCUUGCUGGGGAUUCCAGCUAAACCAGCUUUAGGUGGUUUUAAAUGGUUGCUAUCUGGUCAGAGUUGAACCAAGGUGGUUGAUUAGGUGAACUUCCUGUCAAGUUUAACCUAACUUUUCUCAAACUGGUUAGGGCUGGUUAACCAUGUUCCAGAUCUGGUUACCUAGCUUGACUCUUUCACAUGCUGCAGAUUAGUCACAGGAUUGACUGGCCACCAUAUUUUGGCCUACGAACAGUGGUGCUACUCAUUUCAAGACAGUUUUUAUAUAAUGAAGGUCACCUGUGAUUGAGGUCAUUGUGGUGGUAUUGUCCAAAUACUGAUUAUACAGACUAUUGCACUCGCUGAGCUUACAGAGCCCUUACUAGUGUAUCUAAACCGUUUGAUGAACUAACUUUCAGCGUUAGCUUCUAUACACACACCUGGCUGCACUUUCACUCUUCACUUACACUUCAAACAGUAGUAUUCAGUACGUUAGGCAUCUAUUCUAACAGUGUUCUUCUAGUGGCAUUUUUGUACACAAGGGGCUCUUAAAACGGUGUUUUCUGCUUGCAAACGCAUGAGGGAGAGUGGGUUCAAAACUGUGAUUUAUUAUAUGUCAUAAAUGUAUAAUAUGUCUAAUCUACUAACUGAAAUUGUGAUUUUUGUCGACUAAAAUGCCACUGUUAUGCACUUUUUCUUAACUCCACUGUCGUUUUUGUUCGCUUUUUUUGGAUGAUGGUGUAGAAAAUGCCUCAGACAGGAUUUUUAUGCUUUUCUUGAGUACCGCCCAGAGCAA